UCGGAAGGGAGCUAUUGGACGGCGGCGACGACGACGACGGGGCCUCCUCGCUUCUCCUGCUGCCUCCUUCGCCGGCUUUGCUUCUGCCGCCGCCUCCCCCGCCGCUUCCCCAGGCCUUCGAGGUCCCUCCGGAGGCGAUGGUGGGCCUAAGCAGCGGAGGAGGAGGGCUCUUCCCGGAGGAGGCGGUGCCCCCCGGGGUGAUGGCGGCGAUGCUCUCCCAGGCCUACGGGGCUCCAGCAGCAGGAGGAGCAGGGGCUGGCGGCGGGGCGGCCUCCUCCUCCUCCUCGGCUCCUUCUCCGGCGCUGAGCGGGGACCAGGCGGCGCUGCUCCUCCAGCAACAGCAGCAGCAGCGGAGGAAGAGCGUCAACACCACCGAGUGCGUGCCGGUGCCCAGCUCGGAGCAUGUGGCCGAGAUCGUGGGCAGGCAGGGUUGCAAAAUAAAGGCAUUACGAGCCAAAACGAAUACAUACAUCAAGACCCCUGUUCGUGGAGAAGAGCCCAUUUUUGUUGUCACGGGACGGAAGGAAGAUGUAGCCAUGGCCAAAAGGGAAAUUCUUUCUGCUGCUGAACACUUCUCCAUGAUAAGAGCUUCACGCAACAAAAAUGGCCCUGCUCUAGGUGGGCUGCCUUGUAACCCCAACCUGCCAGGCCAAACAACAGUCCAAGUCAGGGUGCCUUACCGUGUUGUCGGGCUGGUUGUUGGCCCAAAAGGCGCUACGAUCAAAAGAAUUCAGCAGCAGACUCAUACCUACAUAGUUACUCCCAGUAGAGACAAGGAGCCAGUCUUUGAGGUUACCGGCAUGCCUGAAAAUGUAGAUCGUGCUCGUGAAGAGAUAGAAAUGCACAUUGCCAUGCGCACUGGAAACUACAUUGAACUGAAUGAAGAAAAUGAUUUCCAUUACAAUGGUACAGAUGUGAGCUUUGAAGGAGGGAAUUUAGGGUCUGCCUGGCUUACUUCGAACCCAGUACCUCCUCCGAGUCGUACCAGAAUGAUUUCUAAUUACAGAAAUGAUAGUUCCAGUUCUUUAGGAAGUGGGUCUACUGAUUCCUACUUUGGAAGCAAUAGGCUGGCUGACUUCAGCCCAACUAGUCCAUUCAGCACAGGCAAUUUUUGGUUUGGAGAAACAUUGCCUUCUGUAGGUGCAGAGGAUCUCACAGUCGACUCUCCUGCCUACGACUCCUUACCAACACCUUCGCAAACCAUCUGGACCCCUUUUGAACCAGUUAACCCACUCUCCACCUUCAGUAGUGAACCUGCUAGUAACGCGAAGACUGCACGGAGAGGGAGUCAGCCAUCUACUCCUCGUCUGUCACCCACAUUUCCUGAAACCUUAGAACAUCCACUGGCAAGAAGAGUAAGAAGCGAUCCACCCAGUACAGUUGGCCAAGUUGGCCUUCCGAUCUACAUCCCUGCAUUUUCAAAUGGUACCAACAGCUACUCUUCUUCCAAUGGCGGUUCCACGUCUAGUUCUCCUCCGGAGUUGAGACGAAAGCACGACUGUGUGAUAUGCUUUGAGAAUGAAGUAAUCGCUGCCCUGGUUCCGUGUGGCCACAACUUAUUCUGCAUGGAAUGUGCCAACAAGAUUUGUGAAAAAGAAGCACCAUCAUGUCCAGUUUGCCAGACAGCUGUUACUCAGGCGAUUCAAAUUCACUCUUAAAUAUAUAGAGAUAUUAUAUAUGGACUUUUUAAACUCUUAAUGGCUUGGAUGUAAUGGUACCCCCUAAGUAAACUUAUAAUGAACUCAGACUGUUAUUGGGCUUUCUUGAGAUUAGGCUAAUUUGUUUGAAAGGCAUGUACUCUUUUUCUGAAAGGCUUGUAUAAUUAACACUAAGCCUAGCCAAUCUUUCUCCAUUUUGGUUGCAACUGUGGCACCUAUAGCAAAAUUCUUCUGGAACGAAGCUGUGAAGUGGUAGAAAUGACAGGAAGUUUGAUCAGUUUUGGAACAGGAUAGAGCAUGAGCACUCAUAGGCUUUCCAGAUGAUCUUGACUAUGUAUUGGUGGUGAUGGUCAUGGCAGUGAAAAGCCUAGUACAGCCCCAAAUGCAGAAACAGUUAGUCAAGGGGGAAGGGUACAAAAGGAUUAUCAGUGUAUCAAACACACUUCCAAUGCUGCCUUCUUUACACUGCCAGUUUUUCAAAACAGGUUUGGGGGCACUUUUUUUCCCUCUUUACAACAUAGGCUUAAUUUAUCAAAUGUUGCAAUUAAUUUUAUGAUGCACAAAUUGAGUUGCUGGUGCUUGGUGGGGUAGCACAAUGGUAGUUUUUAUUAGUGUGAUCAUUGUUCAGAGAGGAUGAGGGAGGGCAAAACGGUAUGAAUUAACUCCCUUCUCAUCCAAUAUGCAAAGAGGGCCUCUUGAAAAGAAUCAGGAAUGUUGUGGGUCUUCCGUUGCUGAAAUGUAGGAAAAGUCUACUUUGCCUCAUUCAGUACCGAGGGACACAGGAGCUCCAACACAUCCACAAAGAUUCCCUGCAAGUAGUGGUUUUGCUGAUUGUUUUAGAG